AUGACGAUCCUUCAAACCGCCGUGACCAACUUUGUCUCCGUCGAUGGAUUGAAGCUUGCCUAUCGACGUUUCGGGGAACGUAGUUCCUUGCCGUUAGUCUAUGUCAAUCACCUUCGCGGUAGCAUGGAUACUCUCGAUCCACUUCUGUUCAACAGCAUUGCCAGAAGUCGUGAAAUCAUUGUUUACGACAGCAUCGGAAUCGGACACAGUGAAGGAUCUGUGCCGGAGUCCAUUUCCGAGAUGGCUUCGGUACUUGUGAAGCUCCUCGCCGCACUCGGAGUGUCCAAAGCUGAUUUCAUUGGCUUUUCCAUGGGUGGCGCUGUUGUGCAAACCAUCGGAUUCGACUACCCUCAGAUUGUAAACAAAUUGAUCCUGGCUGGUACUCAAUCCGGAAUCGGCGAAGGAGUGGCUUUGCCUCCGCGGGAGGUGCUAGAAAGUGCAGGAGCAAACAAUAAUCAACCACCAACAGAGGAUGAUAUGAUGAACCUGUUCUUCUAUCCAUCCGAGACCAGUCUCGCCCUGGGCCAUGCGUGGUACCAGAGAAUUCAUGAGCGCAAAGUCGAAGGCGAGGGGAGAAAAGGGUACCUUGUCGGAGCUGGCGCUCAGUCGCAGCUUGCCGCCAUCUUCAAAUUCGCGACCGACACUUGUAACUUCGAUCGACUGGCAGAUAUCAAGGCCCCAGUCCUUGUCACCAACGGCCAUACCGAUAUUAUGUCGCCCACUGCGAACAGCUUUGUGUUGCAGCAGCGCAUCGCUAAUGCUCAGCUGCAUCUUUAUCCCGAUGCCGGGCAUGGGCAUCUCUUCCAGGUGCCUGAGCUUUACGCAAAGCAGCUUGAGCUCUUUUUGAGCAACUGA